UCUCACAAUCAGAUUUUUAGAUACUUCUUGUUGUUUUUGGGAGGCAGUUUCCUUGCGAUUUGAAUUUUCCGAAGAAAAACUAUCUAGUCUUUUGCUGUUCGUUGGAUGGAUAAGUCCAGGAUACAAAAUGACACAUCAAAAUUUAUGGAUAGUUGCAUUAUGGCUGCUAGGUGGACUUGCUCUCUAUGAAUGUUGCGGAAUACCACCUACUGUGGAAUUUGGAACAGUUCGCAUCAAGGACGAAGACGAUACUGUAUUAGCUCUUUACGCCUGCAACAGUGGAUACACUUUAAAGGGUGAAAUAGAAAUCUAUUGUGACCCAGAAACUGGCAAAUGGAACACAGAUGCCCCAAUUUGUGUUAAAAUCGAAUCUGAUGAUGAUGGUGAUGAAAACAAUGAAGAAAAUGACAUCAAUGCCGAAGACACAAACACCUCACAACAAACCAGCCAAGAACGAAAAAAGAAAACUCAAGAAAUUCUAGAAGAUCAAUACAUCACAGCUGACUAUGCUCAAAACUUGGAUAUGUCUUGCGUCAGUGCAAGAAUAAAGGCUCCAGAGAUUCCAGAUGGAUUCGUGCAGAAAUACGACAGAAGGCGCAAAGGCGAAAGUACUUUCAUCGUCGCAUUCUACUCCUGUAACGAUAACUUCGAGCUGCAGAAUAGCCAAAGGAAUAUCGUCUAUUGUAGUAAAAGGACAUGGAUUGGCGAACUGCCAAAAUGUAUUGCCAUGGGCGAUUACAAUGAAGAGGAGUACGAGGAAUAUGAUGAUGGCGCCGAGGAGGAAGAGGACGAAGAUGAGGACGAGGAGGAAGAAGCUGCUGCUGUAGCAAGGCCCACUCCACCAACAUCGGCAACGACAGCUGCGGAAGCUGAAGUUCAGUACACCGUUAAGGUGAGUGAAGAAGUUCCAGAUGCAGAUGCAGAUGCAAAUGAAGUGGUGACCCCAAAAAUGGAAGUGGCUACGGACGUCAAUUUUGUUGUUCAGCCCACUGUGGAUCCUUACACUCCGAGGGUACUGAACCAGAGCUGUGGUCCGGAUAAGGGAGGCUGUGAUCAUAAUUGCGAAAUGGUUCUUUAUCCAGGAGAGAAUGAACCGAGAGUGGUAUGUUCUUGCUACUCGGGAUUCACUCUGGAUCCCUACAACUACCGACAGUGUCACGACAUUGAUGAAUGUAUCGUCAACAAUGGCGGCUGUGAGCAGACCUGCAAAAACAUUCCCGGCUCCUUUGAAUGCAGCUGCCAAGAGGGAUUACAAAUCGACACAGCCACAGGAAAUACUUGCAUCGAUAUCAACGAAUGUGAAUCAGCUGACAUUGCCGCUCAGUGUCCCGGAGGUUGCGAGAACACUGUUGGAUCAUAUACCUGCCUACCAAAGCCAACUGAGGAAACUCGUAACAACGAAGUCGAAUCCGUCCCCAAUCCAACAUAUACCGUUCAAUGUGAAGAAGGGUUCCGUCAAAGUUCUGAUGGAAAUUGUGUCGAUAUCGAUGAAUGUGCUGAAGGAAUUGCUAAAUGUCAAAAUUGUCGAAACAAUCAUGGCAGCUAUGAUUGCAUUUGUCCGAGUGGUUUUGAACUUUCCGAUGAUGAAGCAACCUGCGUUGAUGUGAAUGAGUGUGAAGCCUAUGCAGAAGAGGAAGGAGCUCCAGCUGUAUGCUCUCAUGAAUGUGAAAACACCCAAGGGUCUUUCGUAUGCAAGUGUCCAGAUUUGUUCCACCUGAGCGAUGAUCGACGAACUUGUGUUAAGGAUUCGUGUCAGGGCAUGGGACCCAAUAGAACUCAAUGCUCCUAUUACUGUGAAGAGAGUGCCGAAGGACCGGUUUGUAAGUGUCCAGAGAGGUUCCAAUUAGCUGAGGAUAAGUUCACUUGCAUUCCCACUGCCCAAGAUGCUUGUCUUGAACUAGGUGGAAAUGAGCGUUGUUUACCAGGAAGUUGCAAUAACUUAGACGAUGGAAGCUACAAGUGUAGUUGUCCAGCUGGAUACAGGGAUGAAGUUUACUUCUGCAAAGAUAUCGACGAAUGCUCUGAAAGCAAACAUACCUGUUCCCAUAUCUGCUUUAAUACCGAAGGAUCCUUUGUUUGUCAGUGCCCCAUUGGCUUCCAAGUGAUGGAAGGUAACUCCAGCAGUUGCGUGGACAUUGAUGAGUGUUCGGACAAAGAUGGAGUAUGUGGUGAGAGGAUCUGUAAGAACACAGUAGGUGGAUUCAGUUGUGUAUGUCCCGAUGGUAGCGAUCCAGAUCAAAAUGAUAAAUGUGUUAAAGACGAUCUGUGUUCGGACAACAAUGGUGGUUGUUCCCAUACCUGUUCCUCAUUAGAAGAUAGAGCUGUAUGCCUCUGCCCUGAGGAUAUGAAACUCUCCGAAGAUGGCUUCACGUGUGUCCAUUUGGACCCAUGUGCUAACAACAACAACGGUUGUUCCCAGGUCUGUAACAAACUUCUUCAGGGAGCCUGCUCUUGCGAGCCAGGUUUUGAGCUUCAGGAAGAUGGCAAAUCCUGCCGUGACUACGACGAGUGUAUUGAAAACAAUGGUGGAUGUGAACACAUCUGUGUCAACAAGCCUGGUGGGUAUGAGUGCGUGUGCAAAAAGGGUUAUAUUCCGAGGGAAAAUCAAUGCUUUGAUGUGGAUGAGUGUGCUUUAGAUACUCAUAAUUGUGCUUCUGGUUUGCUUUGCCAAAAUCUUAAUGGUUCCUAUGCUUGCCACUGUCCGCGGGGUCUUGUUUUUGCUGGAGCCUCAUCCACAGAGUGCUCUGAUAUAGAUGAAUGCUCCUUUAAUUACGGAAAUUGCUCCGACUUUUGUAUAAAUUUACACGGCAGCUUUCAGUGUUCUUGUCCAAGUGGAAAGGUUUUGACAGAUGACGAAAGGACUUGUGAUUUUGUCGAUGGGUGUCUGCUUAACAAUGGCGGAUGUUCGCAUAAAUGUGUUUUCAACAAGCCUCACACAUCGUGUGCUUGUCCAUAUGGAUAUGCUUUAGACUCCGACGGGAAGACCUGCCUGGAUGUCGAUGAAUGUGCGAUGGGUUUGAACAAGUGUUCACACUUGUGUGUGAAUACUGUUGGCAGCUUUGUGUGUGCUUGCCCUGAGGGUUAUGCCCUUGCGGAAAACCAGCGCAACUGCUUUGACAAAGACGAGUGUGUUGACAACAAUGGCAACUGUUCCAAUAUUUGUAUUAAUCUUUUAGGUUCUUUCUCCUGUGCCUGCGACGCAGGCUUUGAAUUGAAGGAAGAUCUGAGGACCUGCACCGAUGUUGACGAGUGUUCUCAGUCUCUGCACGACUGCUCGCACUAUUGUGUCAACAAGGUGGGAGGUUAUGAUUGUACAUGUCCCGCUGGAUUUGUGUUGGGACCAAACCAGCGGACAUGUAUUGAUGUUGACGAAUGCUUGGGCUACUCUAGCUGUAGCCAUAGCUGUCGGAAUACUCUUGGUUCGUUUGAGUGCGAAUGCCCAUCGGGCAUGGUCCUGGACGAUGACAAGAAGACCUGUGUCAAUGGAGACUUCUGCAGCCGGCUUCAGCCCCAGUGUUCUCAUUUCUGCAACAACGUUGACAACGGCUUUGAGUGUUCUUGCCCACAAGGUCUGAAAAUUGGAAGUGAUUCGCUCACCUGUGUGGACAUUGACGAGUGUCUGGUUGAUAAUGCUGGCUGUUCACAUACUUGCACCAACCUAGAGGGCUCCUAUAGCUGUCUCUGCCCAGCUGGAUUCAAGCUCGGUGAAGACGGGAAGAUCUGCCAGGACGUCAACGAGUGUGAUGUUGACAAUGGUGGGUGCGAGCAUUACUGCAUCAAUGCUAAAGGAAGACACUCCUGUGAAUGUAGCCAAGGAUUUGCCCUCCAAGAAGAUGGAAGAACCUGUCGGGAGAGUGAUCCCUGUCGUCAGAACCCAGGCGGAUGUGAGCAUUUGUGCCUGAGUGAUGGUAAGUGUGGCUGCCGGCCUGGCUAUGUUGUUAAUCCCUUCAACAGCUCCAGUUGCUAUGACAUAAAUGAAUGCCAGGUAGGCAAUCCAUGUCCCGGACAGAGCUGUCGCAAUACACCAGGAUCCUAUGAAUGCUAUUGCGAGCAAGGUUAUGCCAGCGAUACUAAGGGUCGCUGCGUUGAUAUCGACGAAUGUGAAUUCCAAAACGCUGGAUGCCCUGGCGAGUGUGUCAAUUUGCCUGGAAGCUACGAAUGCAAGUGUCCACGAGGACUUCGUCCCAGUGAAGACAGGAAGACCUGCAUUAAAAUCCGUGAUCAAUGUCAUCCAUUCCGUCCUCCCAAAUAUGGUGAAAUCCAUUGCACCAGGUCACGUCACAGGACUCACAUGUACUACAAGACCAGGUGUUCCGUUUGGUGUACUCCCGGCUAUCAACUCGAAGGUCCAGCAGUCAGACAUUGUAGUGCAUCUGGACAAUGGGACAACUUUGAAAAUCGUUGCGUUCCUCAAAUGUGCCCCCGUUUGCCUCGAGCAGAACAUGGAACAAUAUUACCAGCCAAUUGUCUACUCGGCAAGACUUACGUCGGCGAGCGAUGCCUGUUGCAUUGUCAUCCUGGCUACAUGCCAGCCGGCCUGAAAGUCAACGUUUGCAAUGUCGACCAGAGGUGGUCCUUUAAUUCGACAUUCGAUUGUAUUCCCAUCGGAACUCCCAUAUUUAAUGCUCCCCACGAAAGAGUCGAUGCCCAUAGGCGUUAUGGUGUGCCACAGCCACGACCAUUUAUCAAGUGUCCUCGCAACACAACUGUCCUGCUGCCAUUGGGCCACAAGACGGCACAUAUAAUCCUACAAAAACCAAAAACCAAUAUGGACUAUCGCUAUGUGCAAUCGUUCCCAGCAUGGUCGAGGAAUUUGCAAGCGCAUUUGGGAGCUGGAGUUCAUGUUAUUACAUUCCGUGGACAUGAACCAACUACAAGACGUGGAGCAUUGUGUCGUACGGUAAUCACAGUGAAGAAUAGCGAACCACCGAAGGUGACAUUCUGUCCGCCUUCGUUUGAGGUUACUUUGGCCAGUGCCCAGGAGAAGAGGUCAAUUGUCUGGAAGGAACCAGAGUUUGAAAGUCCAAGUCGUAUAAGAAACAUUCAAAAAUCAAACAUCCCAGGACAGCUGUUUUCAGAGGGUGUUCACAGAAUUUCUUAUGAAGCUUUUGAUGAGGAUGGUCUGACAGCAAGAUGCGAGUUCAAUGUUGUCGUGAAAGCUCCUCAACUCCAAUCCAUGCCCUACACGUCAUACGGCUAUCCAUCUCAAGCCAGCGAGAGAAGUUCUAAACUAUUGGCCAAUCACGAUUCUUAUAUCAUUUGCACUGGACAAGCGCCAGUUAAGAUUUAUGGCACUCAAUCUAUAAACCUGCCUCCUGGUUGCGUCAUUAAAAAUGUUCGAAUCAAUCCUCUUCGGCAACAGCAACAAUAUAUGAGAAGAAGAUUAAUAACUCACCGAUGGACACCAUUUAGUAGUUUUUAAUGAAAUUAAUGAAAUUAAUUUUCCUACCUAAAUAAAUUACUAGAUCUUUUAUUUGAUUCAUUUCCUUAAUAUCAAUUUAAACUAUGCAAUUUUUACUUUUUAUAUAUUUUUGUAAUUUUUGUUAAGAAAAAAUAACUAAGAUACAUUUAUUGUGUUAAAAUGAACAUAUUAAACGAUAUUAAUAAAUAAAAUAUAGAAUUUUAA